AUGGGUGCUUUCAUUCCAGGUCUGAGACAAAAGUAUUCGGCCUUAAAAUACUUUUUCUUCCCUGUUUCUUGUAGUGGGAUGAUCAUCUUCAGCUUGGCUGAUGCUUGUACUCCUCCCAACUUCAGUGUGAUCGGUGUUAUCAUGGGCGACUGGUGCUGGAAGCUGGAUGCGGAGAUUAAUGUUCCUGGCAUCCUCUUUACACCAAUCUGCCCACAUUCUUUAUCAUUUAGGCCUCUGAUACUACCGGAAUAUGCAACACUGCGAGUGCAAGUGCCUUUCAACAGUAGGGGACUCACAUGGGCAUCAUUUGAUGGCAAGGACAGGAAACAACUGGGACCUGGGGAUGCACUUGUUUGCAGCAUGGCACCUUGGCCUGUUCCGACGGCAUGUCAAUUAGAUUCUACCAGAGAUUUCUUGCACAGCAUACAUGAUGGCCUCCACUGGAACUUGAGGAAAACCCAAUCAUUUGAUGGUCCUCAAGAUUCAUAG